AUGGAACUGUCGCUAGGCGGCCUCCUAAGAAGGUCCGAGACUCCUUCAUCAGCCUCGUCGACGCCGACGCCGACGCCGACACCGACGCCGACGCCUAGCGCCGGUGGGCCCGCGAGAAGUAAUCAGCGCGAUCGCCGGGCCGCAGCGUCAGCGGCAGAGACGCUCACAUCGACCGCGGGCGGGGGCGGCGCCGGGGGCCGGGAUUGGGGGCGGACGGAGGCAGAGUCAGCGCGCGGCGGCUGCUACAUCCCCCGUAACGAGCUCAUCCAUCAUAGCCGACACGACGCGCCGCGCCAGGGCACGACGCCUCGUUCGAUGCGCGCACGUCACGCCGACAAUCGAUCCUCCGCUCCCACCUCCACCUGCCCCUCCGCCCCGCGCGGCGAGUUACAAAUGGCGGCAGUUAGCCGGCUGCCCGCCCCCGCUUCUUACGGCGGAUUAAUUGAGCCCGCUCUGCCCGCCCCGCCGGCCAGCUGCGCGCCACAGGUAUCACACCUCAGCGCCGCACCGGGGCCGCCGCGCUCUGAGAAACGACGACGCGUAUUACCAGACUCGUCGUCUCCGACUGCAAAUCAGAUACGGCACGAACCAAGUGUCUGA